GCACAGAGGAAGACCAAGUCUCACAAAGAAACAGUCCUCAGCAACAAACUCUUUCUCCAUCUCCACAGUACUCAAAAGAGGAUCAAUGGGUGCUCUAGACACUCUAUCAGACUAUUUCACAAUGAGCUCCAAACCCAGAAAGAAACGAAAGCCAAUGCAGACAGUUGAAAUCAAGGUGAAAAUGGACUGUGAUGGCUGUGAAAGGAGAGUUAAGAGUGCAGUCUCUAACAUGAAAGGUGCAAAGCAAGUCGAAGUGAACAGAAAGCAAAGCCGGGUGACGGUGACAGGUUAUGUGGAGCCAAACAAGGUGUUAAAGAAGGUGAAGAGCACCGGAAAGAAAGCAGAGAUUUGGCCCUACGUUCCAUACAACCUCGUUGCUUAUCCUUACGUUGCCGGAGCUUAUGACAAGAAGGCACCGUCUGGUUACGUCAGAAACGUAGCUCAGGCGGUUUCUAGUCCGCCGGACGACAAGUACACCUCCAUGUUCAGCGAUGAGAAUCCUCAUGCUUGCGUCAUCAUGUAAAUCAGAAUUCUAGCUAAUUAUUAAGGAGUGAUUGAUGACUAGGACUUGUGUAAUAUUGUAUGCGGCCUAAUUUAGCUAGCUAGUUCUUGAUGCUACUACUACAUGCUACUUGUGCUUUGAGUUUGUAUUAGCUACUGAGUAAGAUGAUGGAUCUCGUUUUUGUGUUUUGGUUA